AUGUGGCAGCAUGUGCAAAGAGAAAAUAUCGAACCAUACAUUUAUUUCUUAGUUGUCAUUGAGAGUUAUGUAUUAAUUUUGCGUGCUGCAAUAUUAAAUCGAAAAUAAUUACUGGAAUAUAAAAAUCGAAUGAUUGAGUAGAUUAAUGAUGGAAACUUUCCGUUCGUGAGAACUUUUUACUUGAAAAAUAAUAUGCAAUUUUGUUAACUCGUACUUUUGUUUAUAAAUACAUAUCUACUCGGUUAAUGUUCUAUAGGUACGCGGCGUUGAAAAAAUUCAAAAGCGCCUGCGCCGUAUUUUUCGUUUCGGUAGAGCCAAAGUGAACAAACAUUCUAAACAAAUGCAAUUGUGUAAUGACAACAAAACAAAAACUAAACCACCAUUGACAGUUAACACGUGAUAACAGCGCGAAAACAGAGAUACCCCUUGUAACGGCUUUACAACUACAACAAAGAUCCUCGAAAUGUUUUCCCGAAAGUUAAACGUGUGGCCAUCGUUAACAUCACAAUGCAGGGGAAAUUCAAUUAAUAAAGCAAUGCAAUAAUCUAACGAUAAUCAAUUAAAAAGUGUAGAAAUUGCGCAGAUUAUAAUCAUGUAGUAAUUUAUUCAAGUCAUUGGAAAAUAUUUAAAAUUCAAGUGUUCAGUGAUAGCACAAAGCAAUAUUUCAAACCCAAUAUGGGUUAUUAAAAGUUGAAGCUCUAUAAAGCGCAGUGAAAUAGUUUAGAUUUUAACAUGUGCUGUUUUAAAACAUUUAAACUUUUUAUAGUUACUUUCAUAAUCUUUUUUUUUUGCAAACAAUUUUUAACACGGAAGCUCUUUUUGCUUCAAUUCUGUUUACAAGCUAAGAUGAAUCUAAAUAAACCGCCCUCAAAAUCCAUGACGACAUCAUUUUUAAAUGCACACCAAUGACCAAAUGUUCCUGUAUCAAUAAUGCCGUCGUAUAUAGAGUGACCAUGAAACGAUUUUAAUUUAAGAUUUUCCUCAUUGCCUUUAUCUUCACCAUCAUAUCCAUCUCCACUACAGUACAACUGUAAAGGCGGAAACGCCAUAAUUUCUAUAACUUUAGACACUUGAAUUAUUCCUCUCACCCACCCAACACCAUGAGUAAUUUUGAUGCCUGGGAUUAUGCGGUGCUAAUCACCAUAUUGAUAAUAUCGGCCAUGAUUGGCAUAUACUAUCGCUUGUCCGGAGGCAAACAAAGAACCACCAAAGAAUAUCUGAUGGCGGAUCAAAGUAUGUCGGCGCUGCCGGUGUCAUUCAGUCUAAUGGCCAGUUUUAUGUCGGCCGUAACGCUUUUGGGUGUCUCAAACGAGAGCUAUGUAUACGGCUGCAUGUUUGCAGUGAUUAAUAUUUCCUACGUCAUAAGUACACCCAUAGCUGCUUAUCUUUUUCUACCGGUUUUCUAUCGCAUGAGGACCACCAGUGUCUAUGAAUAUCUGGAGAGGCGUUUUGGUCACAGCAUGCGUAUGGCUGCCUCAGUGGCCUAUUCCAUACAGAUGAUUUUAUAUAUGGGUAUUGUGCUGUAUGCCCCAGCCCUAGCAUUGGAAGCAGUUACUGGUAUAAGCAAGGUUGCAGCUAUUCUGGCUAUAGGUGUUGUAUGCACCUUUUAUUCUACGGUGGGUGGUAUGAAAGCCGUACUCAUUACAGAUGUCUUUCAAUCCAUACUAAUGUUUGCUGCCAUUUAUGCGGUGAUUAUUGUAUCGGCCAUUAAGGCAGGUGGUCUUAAGGAGAUAUGGUCUGUGGCUGCUGAAAAUGAGCGUUUAAAUUUUGAUGAUUUCUCAGUGGAUCCCACAGUACGUCACACAUGGUGGAGUCUGAUAAUAGGAGGCAUGGUUACUUAUCUCUCUCUGUAUGGAGUAAAUCAAACUCAAGUGCAGCGUUUACUUAGUGUAAAGGAUUUAAAAAGUGCCCAGACGGCAUUAUGGUGGAAUCUACCUAUAUUGUGCUGUUUAAGUUUUAGUACCUUGUUUAGUGGUUUGGCCUUGUAUUACUACUAUCUGAAAUGUGAUCCACUUUUGGGAGGACGUAUCAAGUCCAGAGAUCAGCUGAUGCCUUUAUUUGCUGUUGAUACAAUGGGUGAAUAUCCAGGAUUAUGCGGCCUAUUCGUUUCCGGCAUUUUUUCGGCCAGUCUCUCUACUGUUUCAUCAUCGGUUAGUUCUUUAUCGGCGGUAACCCUGGAGGAUUAUCUGAAACCACUCUACAAGAAAAUUUUCAACAAAACAAUGACUGAUUCCAGUACAACACUACCAUCUAAAAUUAUAGCCUGCAUUUAUGGCGUUGUGUGCAUAGCUCUGGCAUUUAGUGUGGGUUCCAUGGGUAGCGGUGUUUUACAAGCAUCCCUCACCAUAUUCGGUGUGGUUGGGGGUCCCUUGUUGGCUGUCUUCACACUGGGUGUGGGCACCACCAAGGCCAACCAACGAGGGGUUCUAAUAGGCCUGCUGCUGGGCUUGAUGUUUUCAUUUUGGAUAGGUUUUGGAGGUCCUAAGCCCCCUCCAAAACCUUUGCCCUUGGCCAAUGAAGGCUGCAACUCCACCCUAGUGGCACCAUCUUUAAGUCUAAUGCAGGAAAUGUUUAAUGAAACAUUAGCUGCCACCACACCAGUCAAUAGUCCAGCGGAACAGGAAUAUUUCUGGCUGUAUCGUCUUUCCUAUCUGUGGUUCUCAGUUUUGGGCUUCAUCAUAACUUUAACCGUAGGCUAUGCCAGCAGUUGGCUGCUGGAACAUUUCCAAUUGGCUGAUAAUUCUCAAAUAUAUUUAGACACCUCACUGAAACAGAUCGACUAUGAUCUGUUUGCUCCACCCUUGUCACGUAGACUGCGCGAGCGUGAUGCCAACGAUGAGCUCAGCAAAUUAAACUAUUGUGAAAACACCAUGGUCAUGGUACUGGGAUAACCAAACACCCGGCUGCCAUUUGCCAUAAUUAUGUACAUAAUGUUGUAUGUUAGUUGUUAGUGUUGGGCGGGAAACUAGAAACUAUUUGUAAUAUUGUUUAUUAUUAUAGUUACUAUUAUUAAUAUUUUAUAGAAAAAAUCUUAAGGACCAUAACUAAAACAAUAAGAACCACCUUUUCCCAUUUAUGUACAAUUUAAGAAUUUAUUUAUGAAACGCUUUUUUAUUUAAAUUUAAUUUUUAAGUUCAAAUCAAAGGUUAUCAUCCUAAUUAUCAUCGAGUAAUUUAGCUGCGCAUAUAUUCACGUAUGUACAUACAUAAGUAUAACAAAUAUUUUCUUUUUUUAUUGUGUUUUUUGUUUUGAUUUUUUUAAAGUAUUCAUUGUUUUUUAUUUAGAUGAGCUUUAAAAGCUUGAAUUCUGCCUUAAAUCGAAAUACAAAAGAUAUGAAGUCUUUAUUUUGGAAAAAAAUAUAUAUAAACAUAUAUACACACACAUUUUUUUUUUGCAUUUUUAUUUAAUGGUGUUUUCUUUUUAAUUGUAUUUAAAAUCUUUAUUUUUUUAAUUUUUUAUUAAUGAGAGUUGCUAACGUUGAGGUUUCUGAGCUUUAAAACGAUGCUAAAUUUGAAUUGUAAUUUAAGAAUUUGGAAAAAAUUUAAAAA